AUGUCUUGUGUUUUAAUUGACGCUCGAACUCGAACUGUAGGCUCAGAAACGAGGAACAGCCCCCAUCUACCGGCAGCGUCUCCUCUGUCUCCUCAGUGCGCACAGUCCGGAGCUCCUCAGCCUGCGCGCUGCACGGGGAUCUCUCACACAGCACCGCCUCAGCGUCAGAGCCUCAGAGCCCACUCGGAUGCGCUGAGAGAGCGGGGCGCAGCGCUGCGGUAGCUACAGUAUAUGGAAGUUGUGGGCUGCAAGACAGAGGCAGGCAGUUGCACGUUGCGUCCAGGACCGGGAGCCAUGCUUUUCCACGGGAUCUCCGGGGAUCACAUCCAAGGGAUCAUGGAGGAGAUGGAGAGGAGGUCGAAAACGGAGUCGCGCCUGGCGAAGGGCAUGCAGCUGAACGGGAGAGAGUCGACCAUGCCUUCCAUGAGCCCGGAGAAGCCUGCUCUGUGUGCCGGCUGUGGCGGCAAGAUUUCGGACAGAUACUACCUCCUGGCCGUGGACAAACAGUGGCACCUGCGGUGCCUCAAAUGCUGUGAAUGUAAACUAGCGCUGGAGUCGGAGCUAACGUGUUUUGCCAAGGAUGGAAGUAUCUAUUGCAAGGAGGAUUACUACAGAAGGUUCUCCGUGCAGAGGUGCGCGCGCUGCCACCUCGGGAUAUCGGCCUCUGAGAUGGUGAUGCGGGCGCGCGACUCCGUGUACCACCUGAGCUGCUUCACGUGCACCACGUGCAACAAGACGCUGACCACUGGCGACCACUUCGGCAUGAAGGACAGCCUGGUGUACUGCCGGCUCCACUUCGAGACGCUGGUGCAGGGACCGGACUACCACCCCCAGCUCAACUUCGCCGAGCUGGCAGCCAAGGGCGGCGGCCUUUCCUUACCGUACUUCAACGGCACCGGCACGGCGCAGAAGGGAAGGCCGCGCAAGAGGAAGAGCCCGGCCAUGGGGAUAGAUAUACCCAGCUACAACACAGGCUGUAACGAGAAUGACACCGAUCACUUGGACCGGGACCAGCAGGCCUACCCUCCAACGCAGAAGACCAAACGCAUGCGGACCUCCUUCAAGCACCAUCAGCUGCGGACAAUGAAAUCCUACUUUGCCAUCAACCACAACCCAGAUGCCAAGGACUUAAAGCAGCUGGCCCAGAAAACAGGCCUCACUAAGAGAGUUCUACAGGUUUGGUUCCAAAACGCGAGAGCCAAAUUCAGAAGGAACGUUUUGCGACAGGAGAAUGGAGGUGUUGAUAAGGCUGAUGGCACCUCACUCCCUCCACCCUCGUCUGACAGUGGGGCCCUGACCCCCCCCUCCAGCGCGGCCACACUAACAGACCUGACAAACCCCUCUAUCACUGUAGUGACCUCCGUCACCUCUAGUUUGGACAGCCAUGAUUCGGGGAGUCCUUCGCAAACUACCUUGACAAACCUUUUCUAA